UCUUGUUUACAUCUUGGAGCAUCGGGGAACAUGUGUUUAUUGUUUAUAUAAUUAACACUUUUGGAGUUGAAAUUAUUCAUAUUUAUUUCAAAUGUAGGUAAUUAAACUAGUCCAAGUAAAUAAUUUAGAUACAAUUAUGUAUUAACAAGAAAUGUAAUUAUUAGCACCACAAGGCACAAUACUGUACACGCCGUGUGAGACGCCAGCCCCUGAUAGUGUGCCCAGGACCCAGGGGCAGGAGGAAGAGUGUGGAGUACCAAGUAAACCACACGUGUCAGUCUUAGGGCAAGUAUUGACUGUAACAUCGAUAUAUGUCAUCAAAGAGAGUGUUGUCUUUAAUUAGUGGCCGAGCUGUCAAGAAGCCGAGAAAGGUCAGACCCCAAGGGAGGAGGAUGAUGAGGGGCUACACCACCGAAACGGGGGGCGGGGGUGAUGAUGGGGGACACAUACCUCCUCCACCACAGGUGUCCCACAAUGCUUCAGUCCUCCCAGCCGUACAGGUGUUGGACACCCCAACCAAGUCCCCUUUUGACAAGAAGGAAUACAGAGUGAUUCGACUUGACUGUGGCAUAAGAGUGCUACUCAUUUCUGAUGCAGGGAGAUUCAUUGCAGGUGCUGAGGAAGAGGAUGAUUCUGAGGAAGAGGAAAUUGAUCAGAAUGAAGAGGACGAAGUUGACCAGAGUGAAGAUGAUGAUGAUGAUGAUGCGGAAAUAGAAGAUGAAGAAGAAGAAGAAGGAGAUAUUAAGGGUGGAAAAAGUGGUGCCGAUUCAACUAAAUACCUGGCAGCAGCAUCUCUGACAGUAGGAGUAGGAAGUUUUGAAGACCCUCCAGAAAUUCCUGGCCUGAUGCACUUUCUGGAACACAUGGUGUUCAUGGGGUCAGAGAAGUAUCCUAAGGAGAAUGCCUUUGAUUACUAUAUUAAGAAACAUGGAGGCCAUGACAACGCACACACUGACAUGGAGCACACAACCUUCUACUUUGAGGUUCAGGAAUGUUAUCUACAUGAGAGCUUGGACAGGUUCGCUCAGUUCUUCAUUAACCCACUCAUGAAGCAGGAGGCAAUGACCAGAGAAAGAGAAGCAGUGCAUAGUGAAUUUCAGAUGGCUCUGCCAGAGGAUGCUUACCGGAGUCAACAGUUAUUUGGCAGCUUUGCUGCAGAGGGUCAUCCUAUGGGUAAAUUUACCUGGGGUAAUGAGUCAACCCUCAACAUUGGGAUUCCAGAUGAAGAACUGCAUAAAAAACUCCAUGAAUUACGUCUGAAAUAUUAUUCUAGCCAUUACAUGACGCUGGCAGUGCAAGCAAGGUUCUCACUUGACUGUUUACAAGAGUAUGUUUGCAACAUCUUUUCUCAGGUCCCUGGUAAUAACAUUCCACGCCCUACCUACAAUCACCUCGAGUUUCCUUUUCCGGUGGAAAAGCUUCACCGCCUGUAUCGUGUGGUGCCAACCAAGGAAUACCAUUGUGUGGAAAUAAACUGGGCUUUGCCCUCCCUACUCAAGUAUUAUCACACCAAGCCUCUUCACUAUGUGUCACAUUUAAUAGGACAUGAAGGACGAGGCUCCAUUCUGUCGUGUCUCAAGAAGAAAGUAUGGGCUGUUGGGCUGUAUUCAGGAAAUGAUGAGUCUGGUUUUGAACACAACAGUACUUAUGCAGUUAUGAGUAUCAGCGUAGAAUUGACAGAUGAAGGCUUCAAGAACAUUGAUAAGGUUCUGUGUAUAGUAUUCCAGUAUAUGGCAAUGAUUCAAAGAGCAGGACCUGUCGAGAGAAUCUUCAGGGAGAUUCAACAGAUGGAACAGUUAAAUUUUGACUAUGCAGAGGAGCCAACAACUAUUGAGAAUGUUGAGAAUCUUUCUGAGGCAAUGCAGAUAUUUCCUCCAGUGGACUACCUCACAGGAGACACUCUCAUGGGUGAUUAUAACCCUCAGAUUAUUAAAGAGUGUCUUGAUGCUCUGGUCCCGGAGAAGUGCAAUAUCUUGAUCAGUUCCAAAACAUUUGAUGAGCAGAACAUUUGCCACUUAACAGAGAAGUGGUUUGGGACCAAAUAUUCUGUUGAAGAUAUUCCAAAAAGUUGGGAAGAACAGUGGGCUAACUUGCCAACUAAUCCAGAGUUACACAUCCCAGCUACCAACCAUUUUAUCCCAGACAACUUUGACUUGUUGUCUUCAGAGAAAGACGUGCCAGAAUAUCCUGAAAAGCUGUGUCAGGAUGACUGGGGAGAACUCUGGUUCAGACAAGACCUCAAGUUUAAGCUACCAAGGAGCUACUGCUACAUAUUUCUAUUAUCUGAAUUACCUCUUCAAUCCCCCAGAUUAGCGGCUCUGCUGGACCUGUACCUAAACCUAUUCCAGCAGCAGGUGAUGGAGGACGUCUACCCCGCUAACAUGGCACAGUAUCAAUACUCCAUCUCCGCCAGUGAACGAGGCAUUGUUAUCAAGAUGAAUGGGUUUAAUCAGAAGCUUUCUAAAUUAUUGGAUCUUCUUCUGCAUCAUAUGGAGACUUUUGGAGAUAACUUGCAUGAAAAGGCAUUCCAAGAGAUAAGACAACAGCAAAUGAAAUCCUAUCAUAAUGCUAUCCUCAAACCUGGCAUUGUACGCAAGGAUGUUCGCUUGUCCAUCAUACAACAGGUGCACUGGACGGCUCACCAAAAAUUGGCGGAGGUUAAGAAUGUAACAAGUAAGGACCUGCUUGAGGAAUUUGUAGCCAGGCUGUUUCCUUCUUGCCAUGUGCAGAUGCUUGUACAGGGUAACACCACUGCCUCUCAAGCCUUAGACAUGUAUAGUAUGGUGAAGGCCACGAAGGAGAAACACUUGGUGAUAGAAAAGUGUCCACUUCCUGAGCUACGCACGUUAGAGCUCCAGAGUGGUUGCUGGGUAGCUCGAGUGAAUGGAGUAAACUCUGCAGACACCAACAGCUCAGUAGUCAAUUACUACCAGUAUAAAGAGGGCAGCCUGAUGUUGGAAGUUAUCUUGGAGUUUAUUCAAAUGGUGAUGGAUGAACCAGUUUUUGAUGUUCUGAGGACAAGGGAGCAGCUGGGUUAUCAUGUUUUCUGCACAAAUCACAAUACUUUUGGGAUUCUUGGGCUGUCUAUAACAGUAAACACCCAGGCUAAUAAAUUCAGUGUGUCCCAUGUUGAUGAGAGGAUUGAGGCCUUCCUGGAGGAAUUUAUGACAACUGUGAAAAACAUGAAAGAUGACGAACUAUCAGAACUGCAGGAAACGCUCACCAGUAUGAAGCAGACCAUUGACUUAACACUGAGAGAGGAAGUGGACAGGAACUGGAGUGAAAUUGUACAUGCAGAAUAUGUUUUUGACAGAUUAAAGAGACAGAUUGAGUUGAUCAAAAACAUCACACAUGAGUCUGUGAUAAAUUGUGUAAGGAAGAUUACAUCAAGUGAUGACAACACAGGCUACAAAAAGCUGAGUGUGCAGGUUGCUGGUGCUGCAAAGCCUGAGGGAAGAUCCCCACCAUCUUUGGAGAGCCUCAUGGGAAACACUGGCAUUGUACAGUUGUUAGAGCCAAAUGGAGAAUCUGACAGAAAAUUGCCCGUAGAACGGUUCAUCACAGACAUCGGUAAUCACAAAAAGCAGCUGAGGCUGUAUCCAGUUACAAAGAUUAUAUAACUGUUAUAUCAGGGAAGCCCACAGUAAGUUUAUAGUGGAUGGGAUUUGCAAGUUCUGUGAAUUUUUAACUAAUGCAGAAGGUUGGACAACUCAGCUACUGCAUCAACAAGCUUGUAGAAUCAUCCCCAGUUUUCAGGAACCCUUCACUUCUAUAUCUUCGACUACCAUACAUUCUUGAAAACCAGUAAAAUAAUUACAGAACUAAGAGAUAUUCUAUUACAAAUCAACUGGAGCUCCUAAAAGAUGGGAGUAUUGCUGAUGAGUCAGUUACCAGAGGCCAAGAACUAGGAGUGUCACUGUCACAUACUUGUUAGCACUUGAGUUGCCCCCCAUCCAAGCAUGAUUAUACUGCACAGUACUGUGUUAUGAAGGGGGAUAUUCAGAAUAAAUUCUUAAGUUUUUGGAUUAGGGGCAAGGGGUUAGGUGAAUAGAAAAUGGUGAAUUUUUCCAAAGGAUUGAUAAUAUUUAUGGCUUACUGAACUCAGAAACUAAAUUUGUGAAUAUAUAAUACAUGGAAUAUGUUUUGUUACUGCAGUAAGUAUUCACAUGACUGGACUGAAAUAUGCAAAUCCAGUUUUACAGAUACUUAAUAAAAAAUCAAUAAAAAACCCUUAUUGCUGGCAGUCAUUAUUGUUUAACAGUGCUGUACUGUACUGUACUGUUUUAUAAUAAUUAAUUUGUUACCAAGGUUCGACUUUUAUAUGCUUGGAUUUACUGGGAAUUCAGAUGCAAUUAACCAGGUUUUAGCCCAAAUAAGUCUGAUAAAGUGAAGUCUUACUGUAGCUGUAUUAUAUACAAGUACUGUAUAAAGAUGACAAACUAUACUGUUGAAUUGUAUCUUCAAAUGUUAAACUGUUGUUGAUUUUUUAAAUUUUGUUUAACAGACUUGUAACAUAGCACUUGAUGUAGACAAAAAAAAAUUAAAAUAAGUUACCGGGUUUAUUACCAAUGUUUAUAUGUGAUCUCUCUGUUAAGGUAUAGUUGCAGACAAAAUUCCCUGGACACUUUGCAGUAGCUGAUAUGUAAGUACAGUACAGUACUUGAGGAUCAUGAGGUGAAGGGGAUUGGAAUUAUAAUAAAGUUCUCAUAUUUUUCUUUGUUUUAAGAAGUGUUUUUCCCAUUUUGUGGUUCUGUCAUAGUACAAUAUGUGUUGAAGAGCAUUGUUAUUAGAUAUACUGUACUGUACAUGAAACCAAUCACAUAUAUUUAUAUAUAUGACCCACAAGUAUGCCAAAUGUUCAGGGAAUUGUCCACAACUGUACAACAAUUUUAAUAAUUAAUUUAAUUUAAUUUGUCUUUAUCUGAAUUGCCCUUUGGUGUAAUUUUGUGGAAUCUAGGGGUUAUAAAUACUUAAAACAAAUCAAA